AUGUCUCGUGGAACACUUCAUGUUAAUUUGAUAGCUGCCAAAGGCUUAAACAACAAUGAUUUUCUCACCAAUGUAGAUCCUUAUGUCAUUCUCACAUAUCGAUCACAGGAGCACAAAAGCAGUGUGGCACAAGGUGCUGGAUCUAACCCAAAGUGGAAUGAGGUAUUUCUUUUUACAGUUUCUGAUGAUGUUUGUGAAAUUGAUAUGAAAUUAAUGGAUGAAGAUGGUUUUACUCAGGAUGAUUUUCUUGGCAGGGCAAUAAUUCCUUUCCAUUCAGUGUUUUAUGAAGGCAUCAUCCCAACAGCUGUUUACAGUGUAGUUAAUGACAAUAAAGAAUAUUGUGGAGAGAUUCAUGUGGCUUUCACUUUUACUCCUGAGGAAUGA